CUCUGGAGCUAUUUGACAGCCGCCAGGGAAGCCGCAGAGAGCGCGGAGGACCGCUGGGUGCCGGGAGGGCAGCUGGUCGAGUCCGGGCCGCCCGGAGCGCUGGGGAAGAGGACCCCGAGCAGCCCCUCCGUGUGCCGCCCGCGCCCCCCGGGGCCGAGAGCGCCCGGCCCCGCGCGCGCUCACCAUGCUGCUCCCGCGGCUCUGCUGGCUGCCGCUGCUGGCGGGGCUGCUCCCGCCGGCGCCCGCGCAGAAGUUCUCGGCGCUCACGUUUUUGAGAGUUGACCAAGACAAGGACAAAGACUGCAGCUUGGACUGCGGGGGCGCCGCCCAGAAACCCCUCUGCGCCUCCGACGGGAGGACCUUCCUGUCUCGCUGUGAGUUUCAACGCGCCAAGUGCAAAGACCCCCAGUUAGAAAUUGCUUACCGAGGAAACUGCAAGGACGUGUCCAGGUGUGUGGCCGAGAGGAAGUACACCCAGGAGCAGGCCCGGAAGGAGCUGCAGCAGGUGUUCAUCCCCGAGUGCAGCGACGAUGGCACCUACAGCCAGGUCCAGUGCCACAGCUACACGGGAUACUGCUGGUGCGUCACGCCCAACGGGAGGCCCAUCAGCGGCACCGCCGUGGCCCACAAGACGCCCAGGUGUCCCGGUUCUGUAAAUGAAAAGUUACCCCAACGGGAAGGCACAGGAAAAACAGUCUCCUUGCAAAUCUUUUCCGUUCUGAAUUCAGAUGAUGCCUCAGCGCCGGCAUUGGAGACUCAGCCCCAAGGGGAUGAGGAAGAUAUUGCAUCACGAUACCCAACUCUUUGGACUGAACAAGUUAAAAGUCGACAGAACAAAACCAAUAAGAAUUCAGUGUCCUCGUGUGACCAGGAGCAGCAGUCGGCCCUGGAGGAGGCCAGGCAGCCCAAGAACGACAACGUGGUCAUCCCCGAGUGCGCCCACGGCGGCCUCUACAAGCCGGUGCAGUGCCACCCCUCCACGGGCUACUGCUGGUGUGUCCUGGUGGACACCGGCCGCCCCAUCCCUGGCACGUCCACCAGGUACGAGCAGCCGAAAUGUGACAACACUGCCAGGGCUCAUCCGACCAGAACAAGGGACGUGUACAAGGGCCGCCCGCUCCAAGGUUGUCCUGGUGCCAAAAAGAAUGAGUUUCUGACAAGUGUGCUGGACGCACUGUCCACGGACAUGGUCCACGCUGUCUCGGACCCCUCCUCCCCAGGCAGGCUCUCGGAACCCGACCCUAGCCACACGCUGGAGGAGAGAGUGGUCCACUGGUAUUUCAAACUGCUGGAUAAAAACUCCAACGGGGACAUCGGCAAAAAGGAAAUCAAGCCGUUCAAGAGAUUCCUUCGGAAAAAGGCCAAACCCAAAAAGUGCGUGAAGAAGUUUGUCGAGUACUGCGACGUGAAUAACGACAAGUCCAUCUCCCUGCCAGAGCUGAUGGGCUGCCUGGGCGCGACCAAAGAAGAAGGUAAAGCUGGCACGAGGAAGCGGCACACCCCUAGAGGUAAUGCCGAAAGCACUUCUAAUAGACAGCCAAGGAAGCAAGGAUAAAUGACUGACACAUCCACGGCAGGUCCUAGACACGUGGCAGACUCCCUCACCAAAAAGCAAUUAAAAAAACCAAAACAAACACAUAGUAUUUGCACUUUGUACUUAAACUGUAAAUUCACUUUGUAGAAAUGAGAUAUUUAAACAGACGGCUUUAAUCUGUGAAAAUGGAAAGGCUGGCUUCAGAAAAUUAAUCACAUACAAUGUAUGUGUCCUUCUUUGACCUUCAAAAUCUGUAGUUGGUGGAGAUGUGUUUUGAAUGGAUUUAGGCUUAAUUUCUUCGCCCUACACAUGUUAACCUAGCAGAAACCUUGGCCUAAGACACUCUGCCUCCACCCCUGUUCCCCACCCCUGUUCCCCGCCCCGCCCCCCGCCGACCAGGGCGGUCACCGACAGUCCCGCCAGCGUGGCUUCGCUGGAAAUCCCCUGUCCUGGCAGCGUCGCUAGAUCCGUGUUGGAAGCUUCACGGCUCCGCAGAUGUUUGUAACCGACUGCUGUCCUCGUCACGCAGUUAAUGAAAGCAUGGGUUUGCUUGUUUCUUGGGAUUGCGUGUUGGUUGGUUUUCCUUCCAGAGUUCUCGCUCAUGUAAUGAGAUACCCAACCACUAAAGCAAUCUUCACAGGUAGUGCCCCGGUAGGAAAGAAUGUUUUUCAAACUCCUUUUGGUGCGCCUGCUUUGCCACUGCAAGCUUCUGUUUGAGUUUUGCCCUGGGCUCAGAUUAUUCAUGCAGUGAGUGCGAGAGAAUUCUUUCUGCCUUCCCGAGAGGCAGCGUGAAGGGGCCCGGGGAUCAGAAAAGUAAAUUUAAUCACGACCUGACCAAGCCAGUUAAACACGCUUGUCAGCCUGCCUCUCCCUCACACCGGGCCCCCACCCGCCCUGCGUGGUCCACCCGGGAGGGCCUGGGACGUGAAACUCUCACCUGAACAAGUGGUGAACCGUCUCCUUGAAGAAGGCGCAGCCAGGCGAGGGUGUGCUGGGUGUUGGUCUUGGCAGCCGGGGACAAAGGCCUGUGGGUCCCCCCUUCCCUGCUUCUUUCCUGGAAGCCUCAAGGGCUCAAGGACUUGCCGAUGGGAAACUCACCCGAGUGGGACUUGAGAAGGGCGGGUGAGGGGCUGAAUGCCCCCCUGUGAGCGGCAGAGCUGGACCCCAGCCUCUGUGAAGGCGCCCGCAGGCUCCGCAGGGCACUGGGGGACAGCCCCGGAGCUGGGGUGACACGCUGUGACGCUGUCUCAGCUCUGGCUUCUGGUUUGGAAAAGACAUCUUCACAACCCCAGAUCCCCCAGCACAUGUCCUGUCAGACGAUCUCCAUGAAUUUGCGUGAAGACGGUUCCUGAGGCGUCUCACUGAAACGGCACGAAAGUCAGAAGGAAAACUUGGAGCCACAGGACCGGCUCCAGUGUGUGUGGCCAUUGUUUAAGAAACAGUUAUCAUCCUGAAUUUGUUGGAUAAUCUUUUAUAUUUCUGAACUUCGAAUUUAAUCAUUUUUCUUAGAUUAAA